AUGUCCUUGGGAGUCAAGGACGUAAGGGAUCUGCUGGACGGCGUGCGUGCGAUCAUCUUUGACCUUGACGGCACUCUCCUAGACUCAACAGGUGCAUGGGACACAGUUAAUCGUAGUACCUUUCUGACUAGGGGUAUGGACUAUCCAGACGACUUUAUGGACAAAAUUAGCGGGAAAACAGCUAUAGAUGCUGCCACAUAUUGUGUCAAGGAAUAUAACUUCAACGAUGUGACACCGGAGGAGCUUGCAGACAAGUGGAAAGAUAUAUACAUUGAGCUCUUCAGAACUCAGGUUUCAUAUACUCCUGGAGCAAUUGAGUUUGCGCGUGUUGCCAAGAGUCGCGGCAUGCUCCUCGCUAUAGGUACCGCAUGUCCCCAUGGUGCCAUUGAUGCAUUCUUCUCUGGACGACCAGAGGACAGAGACCUCUUCGACGCGAUUAUCUCUUGUGACGAUGUUUCUGCCAGCAAACCAGACCCUGCCAUUUACUUGGAGUGCUUCAAGAGGCUUAGUAUCAGUGCAUCUGAGGCUCUAAUAUUCGAGGACUCCAUCCACGGCUUAGAGGCUGCUAGGCGCUCAGGGGCAAGGGCCGUGGCUAUGCUGACGGGCCCGCGCCCACCCACUGACCGUCCCGAUUUGUCAAUCCACGUUGCAUCGACAUUUACAGAACUAUUAUCUGUAAACCAAUAA